AGACUCUGGCUCCAGCUCAGCGCCUCAUGAUGGUGUGCAUGUCGCGCGUGUGGCAGCGGGGCUCCGCGUUUGCCGCGCGGCUCCGAAGGAAGGACUGGGCGUGCAGGUUGGCGGGCCUUUCAGUGAAACACUACAGCACCAAGACGGCGCCGCAGAUACCAGGCAUGGAGUACCAGGACGCCAUCUGCACUCUGAACACACUACAGACCAACGCCAGCGCACUGGAGCAGGUUCGAAGAGAGCGCAGCCACCCGCAGCUGCAGCUCCAGGCCAUGAGGAGCUUCCUGGAGCGAUCGGGCCUCACAGUGGAGGAACUGGACCAUCUCAAUAUCAUUCAUGUGACGGGAACAAAGGGCAAGGGCUCAACAUGUGCGUUCACCGAGCAGAUUUUGAGAAGUUAUGGCUUCCGCACAGGAUUUUACAGUUCCCCACAUUUGGUCCAAGUCAGGGAGAGGAUUCGAAUCAACGGACAGCCCAUUGGAAAAGAGCUCUUCACUAAAUACUUCUGGCAGGUUUAUGGACGGCUGGAUGAAACUAAGGACGCCCACGGAGGGACGAUGCCGGCAUACUUCCGCUUCCUCACCAUCUUGGCCUUCCAUGUGUUUCUUCAGGAGAAGGUGGAUUUAGCUGUAAUUGAAGUGGGGAUUGGUGGAGCAUAUGACUGCACCAACAUUAUAAGGAAGCCGUGGGUGUGUGGUAUCUCCUCUCUGGGCAUAGACCACACUCAGAUCCUUGGAGACACCAUUGAAAAGAUCGCCUGGCAAAAAGGGGGCAUCUUCAAGCCAGGGGUUCCUGCCUUCACAGUCAAACAGCCAGAAGAUGCGAUGGUUGUGCUCAGGGACAGGGCCAAAGAGAUAAAGUGUCCUCUGUGGGUGUGUCCAGAGCUGGAGGGCUACCAGACAGACUGUGGACCUUUGCGCCUGGGCCUGGCAGGGCAGCACCAGCGCUCCAAUGCGUCCCUGGCCCUCCAGCUGAGUCACACUUGGCUGCAGAGAAGAUGUCUACCAGAUAAAAGCUUUCCCUCAACCAGUGUUGAGAAUGCAGGUGUUCUUCAGGGGACUUCCUUCAAGCCCAGCCCCAUCAUGGUGAAAGGGCUGGCAGACACAGAGUGGCCUGGAAGGAAUCAGACUCUGAAACACGGAGCAGUCACCUACUUCCUGGAUGGAGCUCACACCAUGCGCAGUAUGCAGGCCUGUGUUCACUGGUUCACAGAGACGGCAGCCCAGCAUGAAAGGAACGCAAGUGGGCCUGUGGCCAGAGUGUUGCUGUUCAACGCUACAGGAGAGAGAGACUCAGCAGUCAUGCUUAAACUACUGGUGCCAUGUCAUUUUGACUUUGCUGUGUUCUGCCCAAACAUCACUGAAGCCAUCGCUUCUUGUAAUGCAGACCAGCAGAACUUCAACGUCUCUGUGGAAAACAUGUUGACCCGCUGCUUGGACAACGAGAGGAGCUGGCGUCUCCACAACAGGCUGGGGGAUAACCAAGGCACACAGCUGCUUAUCGAGGACAGCCUGCCCCUGGUCCCUGAAAAAAAAGCAGACACCCUGGUCUUCCCCUGCAUCCUCAGCGCCCUCCGCUGGAUAAGCCAGGGCAGGGACUCCGUGGUGGCGGACCCAGCCAAGACGGUCUUACCAGUUAAACCCAACAUCAUGGACAAAGCUGCUCCGCUCUGUGACGUGGCCGAGAUCCACGUCCUCAUCACCGGGAGCCUCCACCUGGUGGGAGGAGCACUCAAACACCUGGACCCAGCUUCCUCCAAGUAAAGGAUCAUGUGAAAUUUAAAUGAGUGAAUUUAAAUACAGUUUAAUAAUGGAUGGGUGCUCUGCCUAUAUACACAUUUACCUUUGUGGGAGAAAAUCAUUUCUGUCUGUAUAGAUGAGGCUUUUGUACUACUAGCUUUUUGGACUUUUAGGUCUUUACCUGAAUGGGAUUAGCUGCACGCAGGUACUGUUGUUGUCUUGGUAGCUUCACUACAGUGGCUGAUGCUUGGAGCCAGCUAGUUUGGACCAAGAUAGCUCCAGGCCUCAAAGCAGCCCCCAGCCUCACCCAGAGCCUUACAGACAGCCGCACAAACGUGUGGAGCUCUCGUCUUUAGUCUUAACUUGAAGCCAAAUAUGUUUACAUGAACUGACGGAGGCUACAUUCAUGUACAGCACAAUGUGCACCUAGUUGGCUAAACUGGAACUGCGCGUGCGCCUCAGUGUUCUCUGACGCCACCUGGAUGAGGCAGAGUGGCGUCAUUAUAUUACAUUUAUACAAAAACUGCAGAUAAACGGGCACCAAAAAGUGCUGCUACAUGGACUACAUGGAGUUUUUUACUUACUUAUUUGGAACCUUUUUAAAUGAAUGUCAUUUUGAACAGUUUCUACUUCCAAUUUGAAAAGUGCUUCAUACACAAGGCCUAUUCAUCUUUGUUGUAGAUGCAAAUAUUCUAACAAUAGUGUUUGCAUCAGAGGAAUUCAUGGAACUGUUAAUCAAAUUCUGUGUAAUCUGUUUUACACUGGAAGUAUUGUAAUAUUUAAAUGCUCCUUAAUUUAAAUUAGCAUUAUAUGACCGAAUUACGUACAGUUCUUUGUAUGUAAGUAUAUAUGUUUAUUUAAUGGUAAACUGUAUAAAAUACAUUUAUCAUCAUGCUGGCAUGCACCCCAUUUAUGCCUGGUAUUAAAGUGCGAUCUGUAUCUGGCCACAUUACUCGGAUAAUAAACAAUCCGAUCUUACCUUUGCGUUUAGACCUGGUAUAUUUAAUGCAUUUUUGUGAUCCUCGCUGAGAUCACGUCUGUCCUCCAGAGCAAAACCUGCGCGUGAGUAAUGAGCAGGAGAAAAUCUCCCUUAAAAACCAUGGAGUUUGUGAGUUGCCGAGUUAGGAGAAACACGGUCUACAACAAAUUUGUAAUCAUGCGUCCCCUUUUUGCAAAUUCGGCAAAUGUAACAAGUUGUUCCUUUCUUGGUAAAAAUAUUGUCAUUUUCUCCUGGUCUGUUGCAGUACCACUGUGUACUAAGCUUCUCUGACUAUAUAUAUAUAUAUAUAUAUAUAUAAGCCUUGUUAACAGCAGAUUAGCUGCAGGGAUGAGUCACACGCAGUCAUUACUCACUAUGUCAUUAAUUUCCUCCGUACUGCUUCCAUUUUCUGUGCAGUUCUGUUGAAUCAGCCUUCUUGCUUACUCAGUCUAAAUUUGAAUAACCUGUAGUUUAUGUUAAAAACAAAUAUCUGUAUCAGUGAUGUUGUGUACGGACUGCGUUUACACCUACAUAAGAUCUGAACACAAUGCGAGGAGACUCCAGAUGUGGUCAGGCAGAUCCGAUCACAACACAUUUACACCCUGCAUUAGCAUGCCUUUGUCCUUAUGUGGAUAACAUGUCCGGGUACAGAUCACAUUGUUGUAAAUGGGGUCAUGGUAACCCAUCCAGUGAAGCUAACGGAGGUCAUCAGCUCCACAGGUGGUUUCAUACUGUAACCUCAAAUUAGUUUGAAAUUCCAGGUCAGUAUUACCUGACUCCUGUGGAAUGUUCCUGUCGAGCCAACAAGACACAAAAUGCACUUAAAAGGAAGUUGUCACUUGUUGUAAGUAGUGAAGAUGAAAUCUGCUCACAUAUUAAUUAUAAGUCAAUUAAAAAAGAUAAUUUUGUCUACCA